AUGAGCGCAGAUUUAUCUAUUGGUAAUGAAAUUAAAGAUGCGUUUAAGGAAACCCAUAAAUGGGUUCAAAAUAAUUUGAAAUGGUUAAAGGAUAUUGAGCAGUUCUAUCGAGAAAGGGCUAAAUUAGAAAAAGAGUAUAGUGAAAAAUUAUCUCGCUUAUCGGCUGACUACUUCAAUAAGAAAUCUUCAACCACGGUCCCUAUCUCGGUGGGUGAUACACCUGCCACCACACCGGGUUCCGUUGAAGCUGCCGGAGUGGUAGCAUGGAAUGAAAUUUUAUCCCAAACCGAUAUGAUUUCCAAGGACCAUGAUCAAUUAUCUUCGGAUUUUGAAAACCAUUUAGCAAAUCAAUUGAGUGGGUUGUUCACUAAGCUUGAUAUGACGUUGAGCAAGAUUGCUGGUUUUAACGAUGAUAUGGUAAACAAAAAGGAUAACAUUUACCAUGAGUUGGAAAAGGCCAAGAAAGACUAUGACGAAUCUUGUUCCACCAUGGAAAUGGCAAGAAACAAAUGCACUAAAGCUUCUAAUGAUAGAAAUAAAAAAAAGUUAAAUGAAAAAGAGGUGGAAAUGAAUAAGUGUAAAAACGAAUACUUGAUUAAGAUCAAUCAGGCAAAUAGGACCAAGGAUAAGUAUUAUUUUCAAGAUGUUCCUGAAGUGCUAGAUCUUCUACAAGACGUGAAUGAAGCAAAAACUCUUUUCUUGAAUGAUCUGUGGCUGAAAGCGGCUUCUGUUGAAAAGGAUUUAGGUACAAGAGUUAGCAAAAGGUUACAGACUGCUGAUUCUGUAGUAAAGCAGAAUAAACCCUCUCUGAAUACGGCAAUUUUUAUUAAGCAUAAUUUGAAAAGUUGGAAAGAGCCACAAGACUUUACGUAUAAACCAUCACCAGUAUGGCACGACGAUGAGAAAUUUGCAGUCCCAUCCACAUUGGAGGUUGAAGACUUGAGAGUUAAGUUGGCAAAAGCGGAGAAUGACUACAAUCUAUUGCAAGAUAAGACUCAAAACGAGUUGUCUAGACUUUCCGCCUUAAACAAGAUAAAACAUGAGAUGAAAACUAACGAAGAUUCCGUCAAUGCGGUUAAGUUUUACGACACGUUAAAGAACUACUUAACUGUUAUUUCUCCCUUUACUUCGCACGAGACUUUGAAACUGCAAGCCGAGGUGCAGAUUGAAAGUAUUCAGAACAAUGUUCCUGAGGAAUACGAUCUAUCCACGGAUAAUAUUGAUUUAUCCAAAAUGAAGAAGAAGUCCGGAAUAUUCAGUAAGCUUAAGCAUAACAUCCUGAACGUUGAUUCGAGGCCUUCAAGCGGCGGAAAUGCUACGAGUGGCAACGGAGGACCUCUACAUAUAACCAACCUUUUCAAUACAUCGAGAAGAACAAGACUAGGUGCUGCAUCCAGCAAAGCUGGUGAAGAUGGAGAGAACACUUCCAUUUACACUAGCGAAACCAGCACCACGACAAAAACCACACACACUUCCAACGAAGAUGGUGGGAAUAAAGUAUUGUACGCAUAUACAAAGCAAGAUGAUGAUGAAAUUAGUAUUUCGCCAGGUGACAAAAUUUCAUUGGUUACACGGGAUUCAGGUUCCGGAUGGACUAAGAUAAAUAACGACAGUACUGGUGAAACGGGGCUUGUACCCACUACAUAUGUUCGCAUUUCUAAUGCGGAUGGGGGAGGCACAGCUAAUGGCAGGGGCCCUGCUCCAGAAGUGCCACCACCAAGAAGAACCGCGCUGCCCGUCAGGACAUUAGAAGCCGCGUAUGCGUAUGAGGCAAAAGGUGAUGAUGAGAUGUCGAUUGAUGUGGGGGACGUUAUAACCGUCAUUAGAGGCGAUGAUGGCAGCGGGUGGACGUAUGGUGAGUGUGAUGGUCUGAAAGGGUUAUUUCCAACAAGUUAUUGUAAAUAA